ACCCUAACAGUACAUUUAAUUUAUCCCCCCCAGGUGAGGAACCGCUAGACAUCUUCUUGACAGACUCCUUGCUGACUCACUGACAAGCCACAAUGAUCACCAGAAGAAGAGGACGCACCAUGAACAGCACGGAGAGCCAGCCUCUGGAGGUCCAAGUGGGAGAUGUGAUGGAAACUGUCGAAGAUCUCCCAAGUCCAUCUGAAGGGUUCCCAGCUGGAGAUAUUGACGCCACAGGAAUAGAGCUAAACGACCUAUUUGGAAUUGAAGACUUAAAAUGGACACUUGAAAGAGACACCGUCUCCUCUCUCUUUGAUAUUGAGUUGGCAGAUCUUGAUAUGUGCAGUGUCAAAGACCAGGAUUCUGAAGUUGAAGCCUCAACGUCUUCGUCCCCAGAGAGAUCAGCAUCUAACUUGAAGAAUAAGAACAGGCAAAACCAGUCGAGUCGCAUGAUCAACAAAAACGCCAUCGCUGCCAGAUUGAAUCGUCUCAGGAAGAAAGAGUAUGUCAACAGCUUGGAGAAGAAAGUCGGCGUCCUGUCGACAGAAAACAACGUGCUCAAACAGGAGAAUUCUCAGCUGACCAAGAGGGUGGAAGAGUUGGAAGACGAGACCAGGUACCUAAGAGCUGUGCUGGCCAAUGAGAGCAUGUUAGCCCAGCUCUUGUCCAGACUGAGCGGUGUGAAUGGGAUGAAAUUAUCUUCCUCGCUUUUCCAGGGGCCUGACUCGAACGACCACGACUACGCUUUACCGAGGAAGCGCGUGAUAGUGGAGGAGAAAGAGACAUCUGGCGGUGUGUGUCUGCACGUGGACAAGAACCACGUCUCUGUGGAGUUCUGCACCAAGUGUGCCGAGAGUGCAAGCGCAACACUCAAAAUGUAGGGUCAAGUACUUACCUCUGUUUUCAGAUUUUGAGACUGAACUUGCUCUGUACUGAACCCCUUGAGGGUGGAUGAACACUGUUGAAUAAGUUAAGAUUACCUAAGAACUGCUGAAUGUGCAUGUGUUUCUGUGUAAUGAUGGAUUGAAAACACGUUACUGCUAAACCUUGUUGACAGUUUCUUCUAGGUAUUGGUUGAUCCUCCAUGCGGGAUGAGUGGCUUUCUGAACACCUUUACCUGCUUGGCUCCAUGUGGAUUCUGCUGGUGGAAGGUGACGAGGCUGGAAUCGCUGCUGCCAACGUGGCCUGGUAUUUUUUUUUUUAAAGGUAGUAUUGGUAACAAAUGGUAUACGUGAUCAAUCCUUCACAACAUCUGUACUUCAUGCAGCAUUUUUGUAUGCUGUACUACAACUGCUCCAUUACUCAGAGUUCCUAGUAGAGGCUUAAUGGUCUCAUUAUCAUGUCCUGUUUAUUGACAUAUUGGAAUGUAUUGUUUAAAUACUUCCAAAGUUAUCUGAUUAAGUGGUGAAAUGGCAGUUUUUUGUGUAACAAAUGUAAAUGUGUAUAUAACUUUGAAUACCUAUUGUUUGAGGCAAAUGGCCUUGAUGUUGGACAAAUAAAUCAUAUUUUCAUUAUG